GGUUGCUGUUAUCGGCGCAACAAUGUCUGGGGUCCCAGCGGUGAAUAUCAGCAUCGAGUCUUCCGCCGAGAAGCAAGUGCAGGAGGUUGGGCUGGAUGGCUCCGAGACGUACGUGCUGCCCCUGUCCAUGUCCCAGAACCUGGCCCGGCUGGCUCAGCGCAUCGACUUCAGCCAGGAGUCCGGGGAGGAGGAGGCAGAAGCGGCCCGGGAGCUCGAAUGGGCGGAGCAGGAGGAAGAAGAAGGUUUAGUAAAGUUCCAGCCGUCGCUGUGGCCCUGGGAUUCUGUAAGGAACAAUCUGCGCAGCACCCUCACCGAGAUGUGUGUGCUCUAUGAUGUCCUGAACAUAGUGAAGGAGAAGAGAUACAUGCACCUGGAUCCUGUCUCCCAAGAGGCACUCCCUCCCAAGCCGAAUCAGCACGGCCUGCUGUUGGUUUCUAAGAAGAAGUCCUUGGCUGCAGCGGCGCAAAUCCUCCUGAAAGGCGCGGAGAGGCUGUCCAAAUCGGUAGCGGAGAACCAAGAGAAUAAGCGACAGAGAGACUUCAAUUCGGAAUUACUGAGACUCCGUCAGCACUGGAAGCUGAGGAAGUUGGGGGACAAAAUCCUGGGAGACCUGAGCUAUCGUAGCGCUGGCUCUCUGUUUCCUCAUCACGGUACAUUUGAAGUAAUAAAAAACACAGACAUAGACUUGGAUAAAAAGAUGCCAGAAGAUUACUGCCCUCUUGAUGUUCACAUCCCUAGUGACCUGGAAGGGUCGGCUUAUCUCAAGGUUUCAAUUCAGAAGCAAGCUCCAGACAUAGGCGACCUUGGAACAGUUAAUCUUUUCAGACGUCCUUUGCCGAAGGCAAAACCAGGCACGCCGCACUGGCAGACCCGACUGGAGGCUGCACAGAAUGUACUACUCUGUAAGGAGGUCUUUGCCCAGUUGUCCCGCGAAGCUGUUCAGAUCAAAUCCCAAAUCCCUCACAUUGUCGUCAAAAACCAAAUCAUCUCCCAGCCGUUUCCUGGGUUACAGCUGUCCAUUUCCCUGUGUCACUCCUCGAAUGACAAGAAGUCACAGAAGUCUAACAGUGACAAGAUGGGAGCGGAAGAUCAUCUGUAUGUCCUGGAACACAACCUACACCAGCUGAUUAGAGAGUUUCAUAAGCAGACUCUGAGCAACAUCGUUAUGCCCCACCCUGCGAGUGCACCCUUUGGGCACAAGAGAAUGCGCCUGGCAGGACCGCAGGCCUUUGAUAAGAAUGAAAUGGGUUUCAUGCAGCAAAAUGAGGGUCUGCUGGAGAAAAUCAUCAAGCAAGCGAAGCACAUCUUCCUCAGGCGCAGAACUGCCCGCACUAUUGACAGCCUUGCCAGCCGAAUCGAAGAUCCACAAAUCCAGGCCCAUUGGUCAAGUAUCAACGACGUUUACGAGUCGAGUGUGAAAGUAUUAAUUACAUCUCAGGGCUACGAACAGAUCUGCAAGUCUAUCCAACUGCAGCUGAACAUCGGGGUGGAUCAGAUCAGGGUGGUACACAGGGAUGGACGCGUGAUCACACUGUCCCACCAAGAACAGGAGCUGCAGGAUUUCCUCCUAUCACAGAUGUCACAGCACCAGGUUCUGGCCGUUCAGCAGUUGGCGAAAGUGAUGGGCUGGCAUGUACUGAGCUUCACCAAUCACGUGGGGCUUGGGCAAGUAGAAAGCGUUGGUAACGCAUCUUCCAUCACAGUGACAUCUCCGAAUGGGGAUUAUGCCAUUUCAGUAAGGAACGGGCCGGAGAGUGGCACCAAGGUGAUGGUGCAGUUCCCACGGUCCCAGUGCAAGGAUCUGCCCAAGGGUGACGUCCUGCAGGAGAAUAAGUGGCAGUAUCUCCGGGGGCCGUACAAAGAGGUUCAGUGGAACAAAAUGGAAGGUCGGAACUUCGUCUAUAAGAUGGAGUUGCUAAUGGCAGCUUUGACUCCCUGCUAAGUCGUGCCCCCUAAUGAAGACUAUUAUCUGGGACAAAUAUCCCAGAAACACUUGGCCGCAGCCAAUCACUACUAUUUCAUUGAAAUAAAUAUUUUUCUACCUUU